CUGGUUCUCCUUUGAAUCCUAAACCCUAGACCUGAGUCUGACCCUCUCAGGAGAUAAAAAGAAAGGGAAACCAUCAUCAACCACGAAGAUGGAUAGGAUCAGUUCUUUACCGAAUUCUAUCCUUUACGAAAUUCUCUCAUACCUCACAACAAAGGAAGUUGUGAUCACCAGCAUCCUCUUUCGCAGGUGGCGCCAUGUUUGGAAGGAUCUCCAAGUCCUUGACAUAGAUUAUACACCUUUUUGCUCCUCUCUGGAAUGGGAAGAUCGAUUUGAUUCGUAUGUAAAUGCUAUUCUAGCUCAGCGCAAUGCAGAUUACCCCAUCCAAAAAUUCUGCCUCACUUGCAAUAAAGUUUCAGAGAGUCUCGUCUUAACAUGGCUUAAUGCCAUCACUGGGCCCCAUCUUCAAGAACUCUAUCUCAGCGUUGAUCUACCAAUCAAGCUGCCUGAAGCCAUACUCACUUGUCCAUCACUCAAGUCCCUUAUUUUGAAACGUGAUAGUUUUUUGGAUUCUUAUCUAAAGCUUUCAAAUGUUUAUUUGCCAUCCCUCAAGAAUCUAGAGUUGGAUAUCGUCUCUAUGGACCCUAGCAAGCUUUUAUCCGGCUGCCCUGUUCUUGAAAAUUUUAAGCUCAUUUUACCGAUGCCCGAUAUUUGUUGUCUUUAUGUCAUACGUACAAUGCAGCAGAUGCCUCGCACAUUGAAAAGUUUAAUCAUUGAAGAUAACACAUCUUUUUAUGGGGUUAGCCAUCGUUUGAUUUUGAUAGACACGCCAUCUCUUGAAUACCUUCAUAUAAAAAUAAUGACCCUCUUGAACUCUAAGCUAGAGUUUUCUUUUAGCAAUUUCACUAACAUAGUGGAGGCACAUCUUGAUCUUGUUCAUGACUGUAUUUACCAUGUCGGUUUGGUGCCCCACCUUCUCCAUGCACUGCGCGAAACAAAAUUGUUGGCAUUGAAAGGUUACACAACACUGUGCUUAUUUAGUGGCCCAGCUUUCGAGUUUCCAGAAUUUCACCGUUUGCUCAAUCUAGAGCUUCAUGUUCCAUGUUUCAGCACAAACUUCCUGCUAAACUUCCUUCAUAAUUCUCAUGUACUUGAAACUCUUGUGAUUAAUGAUAUUUCAAAGGAAAAAUAUUUUCAUCCGGUGGUGGAGUAUGAUGGGCCAGCACCACCAACCAUGGUUCCCAAUUGUGUGAUGUCACAUCUCAAGAGUUUUGAAUUUAGAGGAUAUGAAGAUUCUGUAGAUAAGCGUGAAUUUAUUGCAUAUCUUUUACAAAGAGGACUUGCUUUGAAGAAGGUUACAAUUCAUCUUAAAUAUGUUUUCAACCAAAAGACAAAGUACGAUAUUGUCAGGGAAUUAUCUGCUAUACCAAGGGGCUCUACAACAUGUCAACUAAAUUUCAUUGACCAAAAUCCGGUUGAACAUGGUUGAUGGCAAGUUGGCAACUCUACACUCUGGUCAAUUGCAAAACGAUUUUUGAUGCAUCAUGACUAGGAUAUGAACCAUGUUUUUGUUUUUACUUUUCUGUAAAUCUUUUAUUUGCUUGAUAUAUUUUUUUCAAUAACAUGUUUUUUUGAUGCACUUGUUUUUCCAAAAGAGGCAGAGGUAAUUUUUCAUUUAGUUUGUUGUUUUGGUAUUUCGUUCAUUUACUUGUGGGUCAUAUUAAUUAAAAGAAACUUUUUAUUGUUGUAAAUCAAAUUAUGUUUGGAAACUGAAAAUUAUCCCUUACUUCUGAUUUUAAAUAUAUAUCAGAAAAUGUCCAAACACAUAUGGUGAAGAUUUUUAUCAUUGUUAUAUUUGGAGGAUUAUAAUCAUGCUGAUUAUUUGUGACUUUAGAAUUGUUUAAGUUGCUUAACACUGAAUCAAUGUUAGGCCAGUGUCCCAUAUUAAUUCUUAAAUUUUUUUUGUUGAUGUCUAUGAAUACUUCUUAAAAAAAUAUGUAAUCUGGUUUGAUGCCCUGUUUUUCUAUUUUCUUUUUUUCUGCAUGACUUGUAACUAAUUGUGCACAUAUAGAAUGAAGAGUGAGUUAGUUAAUUGAGUUAGGUUUAGACUAGUUGUAUUUAUCUCUAGUUAGUAGGUCCACUUAGAUAGAGUUUAUAUACAUAAAACGUGUAAUGUGUAAGAUUGCUGACCAUCCUUUUCUUCAUCUCUGUAAUUUUUCUCUCUAACACUAAUGAGAAUCAGAAUACAGAACUUCCUCUCUUCCAUAUUCCACUCUUGAGUCACACACGGUUAAAGUACUCGAGCUAAUCAAAGUCACCUGGUCUUAAUGUUUCUGAUUGUUCCUUAGUAUGCUUGUCCUAGCUUGAACAACUAGCUGAAGUAGGAUUUUUAUUGGAGAGAUACAUUCUUGUUCUAUUUAAUUUUUUGGUGGAUUUUGAGGGAUAAAAAUGAUAUCUACAAUUCUGAUGGUGGAUGAGGUGCUAACAAAGUAGUAAGUAUGAUCCGGAGUUCAGCUUGAGAAAUACUUGUCAUCUUUAAUAUGCACAUUUUUUAAUCUCUUUUUUUGCUCUGUUAUGUUCGGGUGUCUCUUUCUAUAAAUUCGGUUAAAGUGAAUUGUGAAAUUAGCCAGAGUUUCCUUAGUGGGUCAACAGGUUUUGGUUGUCUUAUUCGCAAUUCAGAUGGGUGUUGGCCUGUUGGGUAAAAAGUUGCUCUGAAAAGCUAGAAAAUGCUAAUGUAUAUUCUCCAGGUCGAACUUCAUGUUAUUUCAAGGAGUUUAAUCAUUGUUUGAAAGUGUUGUUUUGUUUGGAUGCCUUUUUUACGGUGCAUAGGAAGAAGAUUGACGAUAUUAUUUUGAAAAGAGAUUUAGUGAAAAAGAUUUUAGAGACUCUGAGUUAGAUCUGGAAGACUUGCAUCACCUUGAUUCAAAGAACAUCUAAUCACAUAACUGAUCUUAUGAAUAAAAAUGCUGCUUUAAAUUUGGAGGAAUAUGUGGAAUGAAUUUAGCCUUGAAAUGAGCUCCAUCAUUUCAUUUGCUUAGAUAGGAACUAAGCCAAUUAAUUUGGCUUUGUUUUCUCAUUUUUUCUGUUUUCUUUUUCCUUUUUUGGCGGAAUAUUGAUGGAUAUGGUUGUCCUGUAGAACCCUCUUUUUGAAAAGUCUUCAGUUUUAGCCAACACUGCAAUGAAGAUGAAUUUCAUGCAUGAAAAAACAAUAAACAAAAACAAGCAUAUAGAAGAUGGAACCUCUAAAGUGCGGUCCCUUUGGUGAGUGAAGUUUGGUUAUAACUUAAAAGAAAAGGCCUUUUAAAAAAAAGUGCAAACAUGUCCAUUGUAGUUCAAUGCAGGUAUAACAUGAUUUGAUGAUGACAUAGAAGCUCUUUUGGAAUCAAUUGGGCUUGACAUAGGUAUUGUCCUCUCUAAAUUUGGCAACUUGACAUCUUAUCAUUUGCUCCACAUGGGGUUGAACAAACAUGUGGCUGCCGAAGAGCCUUAGCUCAGGUGGCGUUUCACCCCCUCCCCACCACUAAGGUCUAGAGUUUAAACUCUAGAGGAUGCAUUUGAGGGGAAAAAUGUGAUAAAUGUGUGAGGGUGUGUGGGUGUGUUGUGUACUUAGAAUUGGGGAUUGUCCAAUACACUGACAAAAAAAAAAAAGAACAAACAUGUGGC